CUGCAUUGCUUGGCAGCGAUGACAGAUCCCUUCUGCCUCAGAUCGCCAUCCAUUACAUCGGCGCUCUGCAGUGAUUGAAGUCGAAAACCGAAUGCUGAUCUCUGCAGGUUUCCUAGAGGAUUGUCGAUGUAUAACACGGGCGGCCCCGGCAGACCUGACAAUAGAGUACAGAUGUGACAAAAAAAAGGAAAGCCGUGCCGGAAUGGAAGGAGCGGAGGGACUGCUCCUGACGGACAUAGCGGGACUGGAAGAGCCUGAGCGGGGGAUUCGUAUAUUAGAAUGGCUCCGGUACCUCAAGGCAGUCCUGCCCAUUACACCCCGGGCCGAAAUAAAGGAGAAUCAGAAGCAAUUGGUUGAACAAUUAACUUUAGUAAUGAUGGGAUCCCCUGGUCCUCCCGCUCGUCGGUUGCUGGCUCAUAAUCUAGGCAUGGUUUACAGCUCCGGAGAUACCUUCUCUGUGUACGAGACGAUCGAUCGGUGCAAUGAGCUGAUCCGCAACAAGGAAGACUCUCCUAGUUACCUACCAAGCAAACUUGCUGCAGUUGCUUGUCUUGGAUCGUUGUACCAGAAACUGGGUCGUCUUUUGGGAAGUACCUUCAAUGAAACUGUGUCCAACCUGUUGAAAGUACUACGUAAUGCAGAGUCUCAGGGUCGCCUUGAGAUCAUGCUAAGUCUGGAACGUAUUGUAACAGGCUUGGGACCCUCAGUCGCCCCUUGUCACCGGGACAUCUACAAGGCAGCUCGAUCUUGCCUCACUGACCGCUCAAUGUCCGUGCGCUGCGCUACUGCUAAGUGCCUCUUAGCUUUACAGAAUGAAGCAUCCUUCAUGUGGGGCUCAGACUUAGAGAGUCUCAUUUCCCUUUGCUUCAAGGCUUUUGAAGGCAGCAGUUACGAUGUACGUCUAGUAGUCUCCAGACUGAUGGGGAUGGUAUUGUCCAAAGCUGUUCAAGGCCCAACUUCCCCAAAGCAAGCCGGACGAAAACUUUCAAUUCAAGAUGCAUUUGGACUGCUGUCCACGGGGUUCCUGCGUGGAAACUCUGGCUUUCUGCGAGGUGGCGGAGACAUGCUGGGGGGAGCAAGCUGUACAACUCGCUACAUCCAACUGGGGACAGCGCAGGCCUACAUUGUGUUUUUGGCCACGCUUGGCGGACAGUGGCUUGCCAGGAACGUCUCUGCUCUUCUAUCGCAUAUCUUAGAGCUUAUUUCCCAUCCAAAAACGACUCAGAACUCAUCUGAAGCUGUUUGUGCCAGGCGCUGCAUCUCAUAUGUUCUCCGCACCACGCUAGGGGAGCUCCUGGGAGAGAAGGCACAAUUAGCAGCUGCUCGUGAAAUAUGUGAAGUUAUCCAAAAGGUCAUGAUGACUGUAGAUGCUGUGCUAAGCGAGCGUAACAUGGAGACGCGAAUCAGUACCACUGACUUUUCUACAAGCCAGCAUGUUUUGGCGUGUGCGCUGCAAGAGUUGGGAGAUCUUGUUUUAGCACUGGGCACGACAGUAGCACCGUUGCUGCGUGAUUCCAGCACAGGUGUUCUGGACACUCUGAUUUCAGUGACGCGUCAUCCAAAUCUCAGCGCUCGCUUGGCUGCAGCCUGGUGCCUUCGCUGUAUUGUGGUGUCAGUGCCUUCGCUAGCUGCCCCUCUCCUGGAUCGUUGCACUGAACGCCUGGCUUCACUGAAAUCAUCCCCAGAGGCAGUCAGCGGUUAUAGUUUGGCGGCAGCCGCUCUGCUUGGGGGCAUUAGACUUUGUCCCCUUGGUGUGCCACUGGGUAAAGGCAAGGUGAUCAUGAGCCUGGCAGAGGACUUGCUGUGUUCUGCCUCACAAAACAGCCACCUUUCCAUCCACAGGACACAGGCUGGGUGGCUCCUCGUAGCGUCUCUCAUGACUUUAGGUCCGUCUGCGAUUCAUCCCCACCUGGGUCGGCUGCUGCUUCUCUGGCGCGGUGUCUUUCCUCUGACCCCCAAGGAUCUGGACACAGAGCGCAGACGGGGGGACGCCUUCACUUGGCAGGUUACUCUAGAAGGACGAUCCGGGGCGCUGAGUGCGAUACAGAGCUUUGUAACCCACUGUGAUGAGCUCCUGACAGAUGAGGUUCUGCACAGACUGCUGCCUCCUCUCACUUGCGCGAUCACGUUGCUCACACUGCUCCCGUCGUUGCAGAAGAUGUAUGGCAGCUCCCUGAAGGCAUACUCUGUGCUGUACAGACAGAGACUUUACCAGCUGCUUGUUUUACUGCCUCCCAAGACUUAUGAAGGACAUUUCUGUGCUGUUGUGAAGGAGUUAAUUGCGGAUCUCGCAUCCCCUGAAUACAACCCAGGCGGAGCGGCGUUCCUGCUGCCUUCACUUUGUCACCCCAGUGACCUUAUUCUGCUGGGACUGUCGCUGCAGAAGAAUGAUGUCAGAGGUAGAGAAGAACAGCUCCUGCUCAGCAGUGGGAUUCCAGGUGGUAGUUUGGAGUAUGACCUCCAUGCCAUCUACCAAAUGCCACACGAAGGGGAGUCUGUACCAACUCCUCUACCACCUGCUUUCACGGUUAUCCAGGCUGGAGCUUCUCUCUUUGGUGUCCUGUUAUCACAAAUGCCGGAGUCACAAAGGCCUCAGAUAUUGGAACAAUUGUUGGAUUCCAUCAAACAAACAAAAGGUUCCCGUCAGCAGAGCAUUCAAUUGGCUGCAAUGUCUGCACUUGGUUGUUUCCUUAAGCACCUGGCAUCCAAUAAAAGUAAUUUGGCGUCUGAGGAAGCCCGAGGACCAUGUCUUAGCUUGAUAACAGGAGCAUUGGAGAGCAGCAAUCCAUGGCUACGAUGUGCAGCCGUUGAAUCCAUGGCCAGACUAGCACAAGUAGUAGGCGAUCCUGGAUAUACAGCAAGCUUAGCACAAACUAGUUUUGACAAACUGAAGUCCGCUAGAGAUGUGGUGGCCCGGACAGGUCACUCUCUGGCUCUGGGAUCAUUGCACAGAUAUUCAGGAGGUCUCGGUUCCUCUUUGCACUUGGCUUCCUGUGUUGGGAUCUUGCACUCACUCUCUCAAGACACCGGUUCCCCGGAGGUUCAGACCUGGGCCCUGCACUCCCUCUCCAUCAUUAUUGACUCAUCUGGACCACUCUAUCACGUUCAUGUUGAAGCUUCACUCUCGCUUCUCCUCAAUGCUCUGCUGUCUACGCCUCUGUCUCACUCUGACGUGCAUCGUGGCCUAGGUCGCUGUCUGAGCGCUCUCCUAACCACUCUUGGUCCAGAGCUCCAAGGAACUGGUGACCUGGUCUCUUCUCAAAGAAAUACUUCCCUUCUGGCCUGUUUUAUAAUGCAGGAGAACCCGGACUGCCUGGUCCAGGCACAGAGCAUCUCCUGCCUCCAGCAGCUACAUAUGUUCUCUCCAAAGCACGUCAACCUAUCCAGCCUGGUGCCGACACUAUGUGUGCACCUGUGCAGUCCUCAUCUACUUCUGCGCCGCGCAGUCUUAUCGUGCCUGCGCCAGCUGGCUCAACGGGAAGCAGCAGAGGUGUCUCAACAUGCAAUGAAUGUGGCUAAAGAUGGAUACGAAGACUUCAAAAUGGAUGUGAAUAUGAGAGAGCUCGGCCUGGAAGGAGUCUUACUGAGCCUGCUGGACAGAGAGACAGACGGGCAGCUCCUGCGGGACGUGAAAGAAACCGUAUUGCAUAUGCAGAACAGCACAGGCCUGACUCGUCUCUCCUUCUGGCUCCGACUGCAAAAAGACAUUCUCUCGGCCUCUGCAGACUUUGCAGCUGUGGCCUCGGUAGAAACCACUCAAGAAGAAGAGGGUGAACGAGCCUCCUCGGAUUCCGUUCUUACAACACAGAAGGAUGAAGUCCUGACACCAUCCAUUACGCCUCGGUGGCGCACACGCGUGUUCUCCAUGGAGUGUGUUUGUAUGCUGGUGGCUCAGUGCGAAACCUUGGGUGGAGCUCACUUCAACAUGGCAGAGGCUCAAGAAAUGAAAAAUAAAGAACCAAACAGGGACUUCCUGGUGUUGCAUCUGCAGGAUCUGAUUCGCAUGUCCUUCAUGGCUGCCACAGAUCAUAGUGAGCAACUACGUCUAGUGGGUCUUCAAGCACUGCUGCUGGUUAUACGGUGUUUCUCUGCUGUACCGGAGCCAGAAUUUCCUGGACAGUUUAUCCUAGAGCAGUACCAAGCCAAUGUGGUGGCAGCCAUCAGACCAGCCUUCGGUGCGGACACCCCACCUGAUGUCACUGCCAAGGCCUGCCAGGUGUGUAGUGCCUGGUUGUCCAGUGGGGUGGUGAAGGACCCUACAGACCUACAUAAGGUUCAGCAGCUGCUACUGUCUUCCCUUAGCCGGGUGCAGGCAACAAAAGAAACUCCAAGUGUCUAUAGUGAAAGUACCACUGCCAUGGAGGCCCUUGCGGUGCUGAAAGCAUGGGCAGAGAUCUACAUUGCAGCCGCGGAGAGAAAGGUUUCAGGAGGGGCAGUAGAGGAGUCUCCGACGGACAUGCUGCUGCCUCUGGUACAGGCUGAUAUUUCCGCUCUCAGCAGAUUGUGGUUGGCAGCUUUGCAAGAUCACGCUUUGCUCACUCUGCCAGCCGAGUUCUCCCAUCAGCUUCCAGCGCAGGGUGGAAGUUUCUAUACAGCGGAGACCAGUAACGGUGCCAGGCCUCACUACCUCAAAUCCUGGGCUCCUAUUCUCUAUGCGACAUCUUUGUGGCUCAGUAGCUACGGCUUCCUCCUUCCAGACCAAGAUGAUGGAAGCUGCUACCUGUCCCGUCCUGUCACGCCAACCUCUAUGGGACAGGAGAGCAGUACAAGAAGUCCAGCCAAGUCCCCAGAAGAUCUGAACGCUGAAAGAUUCCACCUGCUUCUUGGAAUCUGUGUGGAUUUUCUAUGUUGCCCGCCUGCGGAUGCCCCCAUGGAUCGAAUCACCGCCUGUCUGCGGGCUCUGAAGGCGCUCCUGGGAGUAGCCUGGCCCAAGACCCAAAUUGGAGCAAAUCAGGAGCUAUCCAUUGAACUGGUCUCUGUUCUACAUCGCUUGAUAUUGACACGAGAGUCCCCAGAGGUUCAACACCUGGCUUUGGAGGUCGUGAGGCAGAUCCUAAGUGCAACACAGGAACAUGUUCGGGAGCGGAGGAGGAGUGCAGAGGUGGAUGAUGGAGCUGAAGAGAAGGAAACCCUGCCAGUUUUCGGAGAAGGGCGUGAUACUGGGGGUCUUGUCCCUGGACAGUCCCUGGUCCUUGCUGCGUUGGAGUUGUGCCUUUGCAUUCUGGUCAGACAGUUGCCCCAGCUCAGUCCUCGCCUCUCCGGGGGAUCAGCAGGGAAAGUCAAGUCAACGGGAAGUCUGACGCGUGAUGAAAGCCUCCUAGUGUCCUCAUCUUUGGGCAUUCUAGCAGAGCUACCCUCCCUGUGCUCUCCAGAAGGCAGUGUUUCUGUUCUUCCAACCCUGUUAUACCUUGUUCUGGGAGUGCUAAAGAAUUCGGGUGAGAAUCCUCCUGACGGACGACUGCCACUGACGGUGACUUCUGCUUUACAAGCACUGAAAGUAAUUGUGUCGUCCCCAAUGUCGAGAGCAGAGAAGACGAGAGCUUCAUGGAACAGCCUUCUCCGCAGUGCUGCCACCUCCUUGAUCGAGGCGUUUGAUUCAGGAAAGGAGAUGGCUGUGAACUCGACUGCCCUACUCACUGCUCUUACAAUAUUCCUGCUGUCAGCAAAUCCAGAGGUGCUCUCUGACGCGGACCUACAGAGCGCAUGCCUGCAGAGGUUCCAUGACAGCAUUGACAGUAAGGAUCCCAAUGAGCAGUUAAAGUGCUACCGGCUGCUUCUGUCCAUGUUCCAGAAUCCCACUUCUGGUGCUGUCGCUCCGUACGUGCGGAGCUUGGCUCCACGAGUCGUGCGUCACCUGAGCUACACAGAGGGCCGAAAGCCAGAACACCUCUCUGAACUAAUUGUCCUGCAAGAAGGCGUACAUCUACUGCAGACGCUAAUAAAUGCCAGUGAGGAGCAGAACCGUCGUCCUAUGGUGUCCGUGCUUCUGCACCUCCUUAUCUCCUUUCUCCUGGAUGAGAACGCUCUCUCCUCUGCACCCCCAUGUUCUCGGGCCCUUCAUGACUUUGGCUUGCAAAGUCUGACACGGUUUGGCACUCUCUAUUCGGAACAGUUUCAACAGUUGAUGGUUACUUUUCCUGCUCUACGCUCCCGUCUAGAGGCUGCUCUUCGAGGGAACCAGGAGAGCCCCAAACCCAAGGUGGCUGCACCCAACACCAAGCCGGGCAGCAUCCAGCUGAAGACAAACUUCUUGUGAAACCACCGUGCUUCCAACUAUGUCUCCUUGAAGAUGUCACUCGGUUGACCUUUGCAGCCUUAACAUCAGGUCACAGCUCUUUUAUCUCAACCCUUUUCUUUUAGAAGCGACGGGCAACCGAAACAUGAAAUGCAGGUCGCUUCGGUAAAGGGUUUAAUUCAUUGCCGAUGUACACUGUGCUAACUUGGUACUUUUAUGCUCAGCGGUAAUUUAUCACAGAUGCCUUAUAGAGUCAGCUUUGAAAUGUUACCUUAACCAAACCGUUACUACUCUGUGUCACUAAGUGUUGUAGCAAAGGGACAAUUACAUUUAAGAGGCUUUUAGGGAUCAUGGAUGCUAAAUGUUGGCAAUCAUUAACCCUCCGAAUGCCUUUGUUACUUAUAGCUACAUUAUUCACUCCCUCCGGCACCAAUGGCAAAAGUUUGUAAAGCAAGUAAGAUAUAUAUUCCCUUACAAUAUAUAUAGCACUGCAGUGCUUCUGCUAUGGAGCAGCGUGGUAGAAAGGGAGAUAUAUGCCGUGCAGCGACACAUAGGAAAGGAUUGCUUGGCUUUGAAAUCAUUUACUAAUGUCUUUUCUAAAUGUCAGUCUACAUGACUUGACUCUACUCCUUGGUGUGGAGCUGUCAAA